AUGUCAAUUGAAACUGUACAUACCACUAUUAACACCACUCCAAUUACAGAAGUGCGUAUUGUACCAUAUUACUCACAUAAAGAUAUUCCACCAGAACUCGUAGAUUCCAUUUUCAACUUACUGAACGAAAUUAUUAUUGAUGGUGACACUUAUCCUUUUGAAAAUCCUCUGAAUAGACAGGAGUUUUUAGAUUAUUAUUGUCCCAACUUUAUUGCUGUAAUGGUGGACUCGCACAAUUCGUUGGUUGGUUGCUUCUACAUCAAACCAAACUAUCCCGGUAGGUCAUCACAUAUAUGUAAUGGUGGGUUUUUGGUUUCUAAGAGGUACAGAGGUUUAGGUAUUGGUAAGAUAUUAGGGAAGCAGUACGUAGAUUGGGCUCCUAAACUAGGUUAUAAAUCAUCUGUUUUCAAUUUGGUCUACGAGACAAAUCUGGCUAGCCGUAGAAUUUGGGAAGGUUUGGGAUUCAAAGUUAUUGGCAGGAUCCCCCAAUGCGGCAGAUUGAAGGGUAAGGACAACUUGGUUGAUGCCAUAAUGUACGGUAAAGACUUCAUAGAGAAAUGA